UAUUAUCUUAUCGAUUUGAGAUUGUAGUAACAAAGACAUAAUUACCAAAAUAUCGUAAGACCUUUUUUUUCGUCGUCGUCUAGAUAUGUUCCAUUUAUCGAAACAAUUAUUUUCUGUGCUAUGUGCAUAUCAAGGGUCAAUACUCAUUGGGUACACCAUGGGGUGGACUGCCCCUAUAAUACCAAAACUACAGGAUCCUGAACAGACCCCUCUGCCUGAUAUCCCUACUGAUGGCCAAAUUUCAUGGAUUGGAUCUCUACUGUAUAUAGGUUGCAUUAUCGGUCCAUAUUCUUUAGGGCCGCUUUCAAACGUAAAAGGCCGUAAGCCAUGUUUCCUCAUUAGUGGAUGCAUCAUCAUAGUUUCCUUUAUUCUUCUUGGAGCAGCACAGAAUCUGGCAAUGAUCUACGCGGGCAGAGUCCUAAUAGGGGUGGGACUUGGUAUAAUAAGUGUCAUCAACGUCGUUUAUAUUGGUGAAGUGGCGUCUACAAACAUUCGAGGAAUACUUCUAAGCGGCACUGGCAUAUUCUCAACCCUGGGUACAUUGAUCAUGUACGCUAUAGGACCAUACGUGUCGUACGUCAUGAGUACUGUAAUAGGAAUUGCUCUGACACUGUUGUACCUAAUUGGGUUAUAUUUUAUACCUGAAACUCCUUUGUUUAAUGUCAUGAAAGGUAAAGAAUAUGAAGCUAAACAAAUACUAAUAGAACUUGGAAGAGCAGACGAAACGGAUACAGUAUUAAAAUCUAAACCUGAAGUGAAAAAGACAACUAUGUCAGACUGGAAAGAUCUGAUUGCCAUUAAAGGGAAUAGAUUGGCUCUUUUUAUAGUUUUAACACUAUGUAUACUCCAGCAAAUGAGUGGUGUGGUUGCAGUAAUAUUUUUCGCCACAACUAUUUUUGAUCUAGCAGGCAGUAUAGAUCCUAGUUUAGCGACCAUUUUAAUUGGAAUUACACAAUUAAUAGCUAGUUGUAUAACUUUGAUUUUUGUUGAUAAAACUGGACGGAGGACCUUGUUGAUAUUUUCUACAGCGACAUCAAGUAUUAGCCUAGCUGUAUUAGGUAUUUACUUUUAUUUGGCAGACGUCGCGCACAACCCUAUAGCAGACAAGCUGGGUUGGCUGCCUCUGCUUUCUCUUGUAGUUUUCUUCUUAUCUUAUGACUUGGGCUUCGGAAUCAUACCCAGUGCGUUGACAGGGGAGAUGUUUGAGCCCAACGUUAGAAGCCUUGGUUCAGCUGUCACCUCGACGGUGGCCUGGUCUAUUGGCUUCGGAGUGUCCACUGGCUUUGGCUACAUGCUGUCUGCCUGGGGUGGCCACGUGACAUUCUGGGUUUACUCUGGGGCGUGCGCGUUUGCAACUCUAUUUAGCGUUCUGUUUGUACCUGAAACUCGUGGAAAAUCGUUAUUGGAGAUCCAAACAAUGUUAAACAUGUGAACUUCAACUGGAACAGACGAAACACAGUCAGAUACAAGUAUAUUCGCUAGUUGAAUGCACGAUAUCUCUUCAAUAAAUAUCUAGGGUUAAUUUAAGAGGGUUAUUUUAAUAGAUAAUCUGAUUCCUGAGAAGGGUUUAAGUAUUUACUGUUUUACGCGAGAUUUUUUUAUUAUUUUACAUGGCACGUUCUAGAAUGACCUUCAAUAUGUUAGAAAAUAUUAUGUCCAUAGUUAAUGAACUUUAAAAUACCAAAAUAUAAAAUAUGUUAAUUAAGUAUAUUAUUUUAUUGUAACUUUUGAUAAAGCAUAAGUAUAAGCUCAGCUUAAAGUAUUUUUUAUGAAUAACAGGAUUUUUCUGUAAACCAUGCACGCUCUAGUGGAUUGCAGAGUAAUAUUUAUAAUAUUUAUUAUGUUUUUCGUGUGCCUUAACCAAAUGUAUUAAAUGGGAAAUAUGUUAUUCUCUUUCAUAUUAGUCAUCAUUGUAAUCCUACAUGAGUAAAAAAUUAUGGAGGAGUUGUAAAAAGAAAACGUAGUGGAAAAAAGUAUAUUCAUCUAUGUGCCAAAUUUCAAUAAAAUUGUUCCAGUAAGUU